GAAAGGCGUAGAGCAUACAACAACCGUGUCAAUGCACGGGCGACGAACGACACGUCCAGCGACGUAUGCAGAGGAGGAUGAGUCUAUCGACGACGAACCUGUGCAUCGCUCUCAUCGCAGGUCGCACCACGGUGGCGUCAAUGGCAACAGGCCCAGCAAGCGUAACAGUGGCGACUUCAUCGUAGAAGAGAAUGAGGAACAGCAAGACGGGGACGACGAUUAUGGCAGGCGGAGGUCACUACGAUCCUCUACACGAGAUCAGAGGCAUGGUAAUACGCCACCGCAAAAGAAGCGGCGAUCAGCGCUCGAACAGCUGCUGACGAAGCGCGGACACACCAAACCGCGCUCGACGCGCAAUUCACGCCGCGCGUCUGGAUCGGACGACUUCGACCCUGAAGGCGGAACCAGCGGGGAUUCAAACGAGUCGGACAUUCUCCAAGGCGGAAGCGAAGAGAUGGAGAUGGAGCAGGAAGUUGAAGAGGAGGUAGAGGAGGAAAUGGAAGACACCGAACCUGCGGAGGUCGAACCCAAGCAGUACUCAUUCCGAGAGCGAAGGAAUAAACCGAACUAUACACUACCCGCACUGCUCACGAACGAGGAAAUCGAGCGCCAGAGAAAGGAGGCAGCAGCGGAGAAGGCGGCAAAGAAGGCGAAGAAGGCACCCAAGAUGAACUGGAGCAUCACGGGGAAAGACCUCAGCCGUCUUCUGGGCGAACCGGAGCCAGACUCGGACGAUGAUGUUGGCAAUACCCCCGCAAAGCGCGGAAUGUUUGGCACUGGCGCCGGUGCCGGUUUAACUGGCGCUGGUGCAGGUGGUGUUGUCGGAGGGAGCAUGUUCGCCGAUGGCGCGGCAGUAGGCGGUGGGGGGCUUGCCGGCACGCCUAGUAAUCUGGGCAAGAUUGGAGGUCAAGAUGGCACAUCUGACGCCGACCCUCUUGGGGUAGACCUCAGCGUGUCAUUCGAGCAAGUUGGUGGACUGGACAAUCACAUCCAACGCCUGAAAGAUAUGGUGUUCCUCCCCUUGCAGUAUCCCGAAAUGUUUGAGCACAAGAACAUCACCCCACCUAAGGGUGUCCUCUUCUACGGCCCGCCCGGUACCGGCAAGACGCUCGUUGCACGGGCAUUAGCUGCUAGCUGCUCCACGGGUACACAAAAGAUCGCAUUCUUCAUGCGAAAAGGCGCGGAUUGCUUGAGCAAGUGGGUGGGCGAAGCAGAACGGCAACUGCGUGCUCUUUUCGAGGAAGCGCGCGCAUGCCAGCCCUCCAUCAUCUUUUUCGAUGAAAUCGACGGUCUUGCACCUGUCCGCAGCUCUCGACAAGAUCAAAUACACGCUUCUAUUGUCUCCACUCUCCUUUCCCUUAUGGACGGAAUGGAUUCACGUGGGCAAGUCGUUGUCAUCGGUGCGACCAAUAGGCCAGAUGCGAUUGAUCCCGCCCUCCGUCGACCUGGCCGAUUCGAUCGCGAGUUUUACUUCCCCCUUCCGACGUUGGAGGCGCGCAGGAAGAUUCUCGAGAUCCACACGAACAAGUGGCAACCUCCUCUCGGGCCAGAGUUGACAGAACAGCUCGCAGAGCUGACGAAGGGAUAUGGCGGUGCUGAUCUCAGGGCACUGUGCACGGAGGCCGCCAUGAACGCCAUCCAGCGCACGUAUCCCCAAAUCUACAAGUCUAAGGAACGCUUGCAGGUGAAGCCGGAUAACGUCAUCAUCGGCGCUCGGGAUUUCACGACCGCCAUGAAGUUAAUCGUUCCUUCUUCAGAACGCUCGACCAGUUCUGCUGCUGUGUCCCUUCCAGACCAGUUGAAGGCUUUACUUGAGGAUGCAGUGGAAAGAACGAAGGCUUGCCUUGAUCGCGCUUUGCCGCCAACGAAGGAGAAAACGACCCUAGAGGAGGCAGAGUGGGAGGAAGAGGAGGGUGGUUUUGCUUCUGCCUUGAAACUCAAAGCGAUGGAAUCUCUGCGCGUGUAUCGCCCUAGGAUCAUCAUCCAUGGCCCACCUGGCAUGGGACAAAAUUUCAUUGCUGCCGCCGCUCUGCAUUACUUAGAAGGCUACAACGUUCAGAGUUUGGAUCUCGGAACACUCAUGAGCGAUUCGUCUAGAACCCCUGAGGCCGCUGUUGCUCAGUUGUUCACUGAGGCAAAACGACAUAAACCGUCGAUCCUUUAUAUCCCGGGCCUAACCGAAUGGGCCAAUGCUGUUACCCCUACAACUCGCGCUACCCUCAAAUCCUGCCUCGAUGGCCUGUCGCCGUCCGAUCCCGUGCUGCUAUUGGCAAUCGUAGAAGGACCCUUAAGGGACAUCCCACCCGACGUCCGAUCCUGGUUCGGUGUCGCCAUUGAUAACCGCAUUCGUCUUGACAAGCCGACCGAACAGCAGCGCGCUGCCUUCUUCGCUGAUCUCGUCAAGACGAUCAUGACUCCUCCUGACAAGUUCGGUGAUGCAGUGCCCAAGAAGAAGCGCGUUCUUGAGGAGUUGCCCAUUGCUCCGCCUCUGCCGCCAAGGCAGCCUACCGCUGCGGAGCUCGCCGCCCAACGAGCGAACGACCAGAGGACUAGGGAUCUGCUUCGAUGGAAACUCAGCACCGUAUUGAACGAUCUCAAACGCAAAUACCGACGAUUUUGGAAGAGUGUUGUUGACGAAUACGGCUUAUCGCCACUCUACUUUGAGGAGCUCUCGGUUCCUGAGCCACACCCAGAGCCGGUGAUCGUGCCGGAGCCGGAGCCGGAGCUACAACCGCAGCCGGAGCCACAGCCGCCAUCCUCACCCGUCCAGCCACCGUCACAAGAUCCCCUUCUAUUGACCGAUGGAUCCAUUCAGGAGAAUGGUGUUCCAGUUGAAGUUGAGACUGUGCCGCCACAAAUCUUGGUCAAUGGCGAUGCAGCACAUGCACCAUCAUCUCCGCCGCCUGCUGAAGCCCUUCCGGCGCAACCGGUCACUCAACCCUCAACUCCUCCGCCUCCAGAGCGCCCUCAGCGGGAGCUGCGGUAUCUCGACGUCAGCGGAGAGGUCAUGCACGAAAAGGUCUUCCAUAAUGCAUACUUGACACCGGCAGACUUCCUUCUGGACAUCGACCGUGUUCUGUAUAAUGCGGAGCUAGCUGACCAGUACUACGGAGCACGGGACAAAGACAGGCUCGAGAAGGCACGCGAGAUGACGCUCACUGCCAAAGCACUGAUGGGCCAAUACUGUGACGACAUGUUCCUGACCGAAUGUCACCGGAUGGCUGCGCGCGAGAAGCACAGAUUGGCAGAAGUUGCCGAGAAGGAAGCUGCCGAACGUGCAGAAAAGGACAAGAAGAAUAAGCGGCCCCUGAACGGCGCUACGAGGACAAGUGCCAGGGUGAACGGUCUCGCGCCUGAGUUCGGCAUGACAGACCUCGCGGCAUUCGAGAAGAACAAGCGGAAACGGGGUAGCUCGGCCGAGAAGUCUGAUACCCAGUCUGGCGAAGAAGAGAGGGGCCGAAAACGUGUUAAGAUCCUUCAUCCUUUGGAAUAUGUUUCUGCUCCAGAAGAGAUGCAGGUGGAUUACAAUGCGCCGAUCACCAUGCCAACCCCGAUGCUGGAGGAUGUCUUUUCGGGUCCGCCUGCAGAUCCGGCUUCUCUACCCCUGAUCGCGCAUGCCAUGCCUUCGGGGGCGAUCCCGCCGAUCAAGUCGCCUUCCCCAUCCGGGGAUGUCUUCGGUCCACAUGGUCUGAUCCCUGCCCCUCCCAACGACGCGCAUGCCCACUUUGUGGACGAGCCUGUCAACACGGUCUUCAGCGCGGCGGUAGCGAGCUCCCCCAUACCCGCAGAGCCGGCACGGUCCCCCUCUCCGGCCCUCCCACCCCCAGUCUUCACGCUCGACCCCGGCCUCCUCUCUGCCCUCCAAGACCAGCUCGUACACAGCACAGUAGACCUCAACGUCGAAGAGCUGGAGCAGCUGCGCGCGCUAGGCCUGGACAGGAUAUAUCGUGCCAGGGGCGAAUGGGACCGGGAUCCGGUUGUCCAGGGGCUCGUGUGGUUUGUGAGAGCGUUCGUAGCCGAGGUUAAUGGGGAGUAUGAUGAGUGA